AGGAAAUCAAAAUCAAAAUGGCGGCGGCCACAACUGGAGGUCUUUUUGGCAGCGGUUCGACAGGUUUCUCUUUCGGAAGCGGUACCACUGGAACACUAAGUUUUGGUACUAGUACUUCGACCGGUACUUCGGUAGGUGGAACCGGAUUUUCCGCUAUUAAACCCUUCGGAGCUUCUAUUACUUCAUCGACCAUGAGCACGCCGUUUGGUCAAUCAACGGCCGCUUCUACUGGGGCCACUUCUGGAUUCAAAUUUGGUGCUGUAGGCGCCCCUUCAACAGCAACUUUUUCUGUAUUUAGCGCACCGAAAACCACGGCAACAGCUUCUACCUUGGGAACAUUUGGACAAACCAGCCAAUUAGGACAAAGUACUGGUUUUACCUUGGGGGCAACACCGGCGUCUGCUGCAACAACAGGACUUAAUCUGGGGAGUAGUCUGUUUAAAGGAAACACUGCAACGACAACCAAAACAACAUUGCUUGGAACUUCUUCAACUGGUGUUGGGUUAGGACUGGGUAGUAGCACAGGUAUUGGUACAUUUACAGGUUUAAGUGCAGUAAAAACUACAGUGGCUACAAGUACUGUAGCCUCAACCACCCUAGCUGGCUUAGGUGGGACUGGCACAAGCACUAGUGGUGGAGUCACCGGCGCAGUUGGUGGUGUCACAGGGAGAGAGGGGUAAGUUGACAAUAUCUAAAUUUUAACCAAGUCCCAGAUAUUAUCUUUCCUAGUACAUGUAUACAGAUCAUGUUACCUAGCUUAAGGGAUUAUCUUUUUCCAAAAUAGUCAUUACUGCAAUGAGCUUAUUCAAAACAGGGUUCUUACUAGAGACAGGGUGCUUAUUUCUUUUUUAACCCUUUACUCCCUAACGUCAAUAUGCAUAUUCUCCACACUGCUCCCUAAACAUUUCCUAAGGUGCUGACAAGGAGAAUUUGUUUAACCAUCAAGAGCUUCUUAAGUUGGUGAUCAUCUCCUUUGUUCUCAUGACCUUAAUCUUUCACUCAGGAGUGAUGUUGUAGGGAGAAGUUAGAUGUUAGUCACUCAUAGGGGUUAAAGGAUUAAGAAACAACAGAAUGUGAGAAACAAAGCUUUGAUGUUUAUUUGUAAACUGUAAAUUUAGGGCGUGAAAUUGUGCCUAAUACAGGCGCCAAUGCGACUAAAUUUUUCAAUUUGGCGACCAAAUCUUGAAAAUUAGUUGCCAAAUUGGCGACUAGAAUGUUCAUCACAACCAUACCGAGAGACAUAGUGAAUCAAAAAGAUUUGCAAAGAUAAAUCUGUGGCAAACUUCCUUGUUAAGUAUGUUUCCAAAACUCAGCACACGCAUCUCAAUCGAUAACUAGACGCCAUCUUGGAUUUAGGUGAGCUUGAACGUUGUAUAUCAUCCAUCCUAGUGUCCACUUUUCAGAACGUUAGAUCUUUUCCCUAAAUUAAUUUUGGAGGGUCUAUCUAGAACGUUGACAGCGUAAAAAAAGGUUUUGUUUGCCUUUGAAAAUGGCAACCAACUUUUUUUGAAUUGGCUACCACUUUGAAGAAUUUAGGAGCCAAGUGGCUAUCAGAAAAAAAAAUUAAUUUCACGCCCUGAAAUUUAAUUUAAAAAUGUACAGUGAAUAUUUGUAUAAUAAUGGUAGGGAGUGUACUGCUAGCAAUGCUUUUACAAAAACAGAAUAGGGAAGCUUAUUGGAAUGAGGGUGCUUGUGCAACAGGGGCACUUAACAAAAAUUUAACAUGCUUACCAGAGAGGGGGAAGCUUAUUGGAAUGUGUGAACCAUCUGUAAGGUUUGAGUCUUUCUCUUGAUGGUAAUUUGAAUAUGCCCAAUUUUGAAAGGAAGUAAUCUCUCAAUCUAGUACUGUUAAGUGAUAUGUGAUGGGACAUGCUUGCUCAGGAAUUAAAUCAGUGAUCUCUUUUUAAAUUUUGUCUCAGUGAUGUAAAAGAUACACCUUUGCCUAAUACUUUGAAUGAAAUUGCAGAGCACAUCAAGUAAGUUUCAAGGACACUUCAUCAAUGUGAUGCCUGUGUCUGUCAUUUAAUUAAGUCUCAAUCAUAGUUACAAGGAUAACAGUAAUAACAUCAACUAUAUUGAAAGAAUGGUUAAGUUUGAUGCUUUGUUUUUCAUUUUGCAAAAGGUAACCUGAAUUUCUAAAGCUUGAAGUUCCCAAGCCCAGUAUGGUUUUGUGACUCUUUCUAGUAUAAAAUUCUUGUCCAUUCAAGAUAACCCUUAGCAGUCUUGCAAGAGUUCCCCAACAUUUAACUUCUCCCUAAAAUAUCUGAAUAACAUUCAGAAAACAGGGAGUGGAUGUACUCAAACUUAUCAGGUAAAAGUUGUUUUCUUGAUCUACCACAAAAUUCCUAUAACUAAUUAACACAGAAAUGUGUAGCAGCUAGUAGGGAGAAGUAACAUUCAGGAUUAAAUGGUACCAAUCCAUACUCCUGGGUAGAGAGGAGCAUAAUGAGAGUGGAUUGUCUUACCAUAAAACACAAAAAAAAUCUGGCUAACAUUUUGUCAUCCUCUGUUCAUCUGCAGCAAUAUUAAUUUGUGAUAAGAGCUAUCCACCACUAUGAUAGAUCACUAGUAUUUGAAAUUCAUAUCUUCACAGCUUUUGGGAUUUCGAAUAGUUGACUGGCAGAGGAGUUAACGUUUCAAGCACCUUAAUUGCUGUUUGUUUUUGUCAUAGAAAAUAUGUCAAAGAACAAAAGGAACACAAAGAUGAGAUUUCCAGAGCAUCAGGGAGUUUAUUAGAUAAAGUAAGAGAAGAAACCAUUGCCCUAAGACAGGCUCUAGCCUUGGUGUCCAACAGUAUUCAGCGAGAUGGAUGUUCCGUAGAAAACCUCAAAAUUGAUGUAUCCAAGGUGAGUUUCUUUGCUUUUAGGCAAAAGAGAAAGUUAACUGUGCUUACAGACCCUUAUCUAAGCAUCCAGAGGUUGCGAGGAUUUUUGCUAGUUAUUUAUCGUAGGAGUUUGUCCCAACUCCCUUCCCCUCUACCUCAGUGUUUAGAGAAGACUAUGUCAACAUGGUUUUAACAUUGGCCACUUUUUUAUUGUUUUUAUCAAAAAAGAAUCCUUCAGGUGUUGAGCAUUAGAAAAUAAAAUACACUUUUUCAAAGAAAAGGGAUGAAACUUUGUAUCACUCUUUCUUUUCAGAUAACUGUGAAGUAGAAGUUGCACAAAACAUGGGCAAUUUUUUUGUUAUGGCUUUCACUCCUUGUUUUUAAAAAUGAACUUGGGAAAACAAAACUUUGAUUUGAUAUUUAGGAGCUGAAAAACGCUGAAAUUGCACAAAGAACCAAUGAUAUUCCUCAACCCUUGCAACACGAGAAUGUGGCACCUCAGGAGUACUUUCAGCGCUUGGUAGAGUCAUUUGAACAAAGGAUGUUGAUGUACAGGAUACAGAUUGAGAUUAUGGAGAGCCAUCUUGCUUCCAUAUCCCAAGGGCAAACAUUGACCCCACAAGGUGUGUAUUGAGCAUGUCUACAGAGGAUCUCUUUGUACAGUGGAACCUUGAUUAUCCCGACCUUGAUUAUUCAAAUUUCUAGAUUAUCCUGACUUUUUCUCUGAUCCCAAUUUUAUGUUAUAGUCAUUGGUGAUGUUCACCAAUGUUCACCGAUGUUUAAGCUUCUGUUUGAUGUUCACCACUGUUCACCAGUGUUUUUUUACUAAAUAUCGUUUACUUUUCUGUAUGUUUAACUUCUAAUAAGUUGUAUUGGACUGAGGACCAACUCACCGACGUCUCUACUCGAUUUUAUACGUCGGCGAGUUGGUCCGUCGGCAAGUUGACCGUAAUUCGGUCAUAACUUGCAGGGCUGCAAUGUAGGUGUCACGGGAUCAUCCUAAAUAUUGGUCUCUGUACUUUUCUGAAUAAUAACACUUACCACUUAAAUGUAUUACCAUUUUGGUCACCUUUGCGAGUAGAAAUACUUAGUUGUGUUUUCUGUUUUGUUAUGUUUUGUUUACUCAGAUCUUUCUGAGGUUAUGCACAAAGUGCAUGAAACGUUUAUUGCUUUAGCAGCCAAACUACAUGAAAUCCAUGAAGCUGUGAAGGUACAAAUUUCAAGCCAAAUGUCAUGUGUUAUUGAUAUGUCAUGUUGGUAGGUGGCUCAUGCCACAAUUUGUUGUAGAUAAAAACAGCUAAUGAGGAAAGUUCAGCCACAUUUUAAUUGUCCUGUUUUCUAUGAUCUUUUUUAUCUGUUCUCUGUCUCUUAGACUGAAAGACAACAAGGGCAACAACGACUCUUAUUCUGCUCUCGUGUCAAACAUUUUUUUUUUUAAAUUUCUUACAGAUGCAAAAAGAACACUACCUUAACUACAGAAGAGCGUACUUUAAAGACAGUACAGAUAUUUUUUCAUACAGCUCAAAGGAUUUAUCAAAGACUGGUAAGUGUUAGGCACAUACAGUUCACUGUUGUCAUAAGAAGCCUGAAGACAGGGGAAAUCCACCACCUGUCUGACCAUUGCACUUGUCACUUCAUUAAUUGUGAUCAAAGACAGAAAAUAGGUAGUUUUUAACUCAUUCUAACAUUAAUGUCUGGCUUCAAAAAAUUACUCAAAUAUGUCCCAGAAUGCCAAAAGUCACAUCUCAGAGAGUUUCAAACUUCAACUUUUUUUGGGGUAGCAUGCCCCAAACCCCCAAGCAGGGUUUUUUUUUGCUAAUUUAGCCACCUACUCAGUUCAAAUGAUACAUCUUUUACAUUUUCCAAUGAUAACCCUGAAGGUUGCAAAUUUUUUUGGCUAUGUUAUUAACUUUUUGUUACAAACAGACCCUCAAGUAGACCCACAUUGGUCUGGAACAGUGUUAUGAGGAACUUAAAAGAAGACGUUUUCAGUUUUAGUGUCUGAAAUCACUGAACUACUAUUUUUUGUCAAUAGGUGAUACAUACUAAUGAAGUAAAACUUUCUCUCCCGGGUGUUUGAAUCUUGGAAACUUUUCUAAAGUAAAUAAUUUAUUUUUAUUAAAAUUUAUCAGGUACAGAAUUUAGACUUGGCCCCAGCCCUUUCAGGGUAUUACCCAAUAACUCAGCCUUGGGUGUGGCUACGGCAAAUAUUGCAGGUAUGGAGAGGUAGCAUGAUAUUUACGUAAUGUAUUUAGUCAGUGUGGAAAGAGCACAUUAUUAGGAGGUACACAUGUAAAGCUGGAAAAUGCUGUGCCCAAUUUUUCCAUGUAUUUUGAAUACUGUGUAGCUUCAUAAACAUUUCUUUUACCCACCAUGACUGCAUUGAUAUCAAAUGUUGCUUUUCUCUUGUGUUUAAAAGCUCCAACAUUUGGCCUCAACACUCUUCAGACAAAUACAACAGGGUUGGCAGGAUCUUUAGGAGCUACAGGAACAUCUUCCCUAGGUAACCCAUUUGGUACUGCACCAGGACUUAGUGGUACAAAUCUAACAGGGGCCAGCACAUUUGGGUCAUCCCUUGGCACUAGUACUUUAGGGACCACCGGACUUGGGGCCUCUACUGGUCUCACUGGGGGAUUUGGCACCCCAUCUCUAGGGACCCCCUCAGGAGGGGCUUUUGGCUCCCCUGGGACAGGCCUUGGGGGCAGUACAUUUGGUGCCGGAACAUCAGCAUUUAGUGCACAACCUAAGUUUCAACUUCAGAGGCCACCAGCUGGGAAUAAAAGAGGGAAAAGAAGAUGAAAGAAUGGCUCUGAGCAACUUGGAGUGAGAACAACUAGCACCUUAGCUGUAGAGCUUACAUUAAAUGACCAUUGCUUAUUUCUAAGAUUUUUUUUUAGUUUUCAAAUACUAAAAUAAAAACAAGAGCAUGUGUGUGUCACAAAACGGUUAUUUCUCGUCUCUUACUGAUAACUUAUAUGUACAAAUACGCAAAUGUAUGUGUGAAAAUGUAUUUUCAUUCCAGUGUAUCAGAUUCUUGUAGUUGUUAUCGCUGAAGACUGCUUACCUCUUUUAGCUAGUUGGCAUUAGAACGUUAAUUUAUAAUUUUUUGCAGAUAUAUCAAAUUUCUCUAAUCAAACAUUCUCUUUUUUCUCUACUUUCCUGACUGCGUUUUCUUUCACUGUUACAUUUUUCACGCUUCCCCAAAAUAAAAAGGUUCCUGUUUACUAGUUGCUUGUUGCUGUCACACGGUCUCUAUGGACGCCUCAUUCAAUGUUCAUUUACUUCAAUGUAAAACACGAGACAUUUGAAAGAGGUAUGGGAGUUAGUUUUUAGACAAGCCUUCUUUAAAUUGAAACACCAUCUAGCCCGAGAGUAUAACAUUUUUAAGGUAGAAUGAUAAGCAUAGCAAUUAUAUAGUAUUACUUUAGCUUGUGUUUUCACUAUAGGGGUUUUUCGUCAGGCGGAAACGGGUCUUGUAAGAGAGAGGGAGGGCUUUGUUAGGUGAUUAUGUUGUAAUUGUUUGUGAUUCACCACAGAAAUAUUGAAUUUUCCUUACCCUACUGGACAGACGCGAUUUACAUGUUUUCAGUCAAGCUGAUGCAAGCGCGAGGCGAGCGUGAAAAGAGCAUGAGCGAGAGAAGAAGUGAGAUAAAAGACGAUAGGCGGCAAUUUUUUGCGUUUUUAGACCAGCUCAGUUAAAUGCGAGGCGAGUGUGAGGAAGUGCGCAAAACAGGAAAGAGCGCGACAAAACUAACGACGGGCGUCAUUUUUUUCCACGCUCCUCCACCUGUGCUUCCCGCUCCUUUCGCCUCUUACGCUUGCCAAACAAACGUAAUAAAAAAUGACACCAGUUAGAUAUGUUUUGGUUAUUCAUUUGCUCGUUUAUUCAUUUCUUUCGGCUAUUUCUUUAUUAUUGUUUUCAGACGAAUCGAUACCCACAUUAAAACAUUCUUGAACACUAUGAGAGCUCUCUAUGCCUUAGUGCAGAAGAUCUGGCCUGGGUGCGAGCUUUACGUAGAACUCAGUAGGGGUAGGGUGGGAGGGUUCCUAAAAACUUGGAGUUGAGGCUCAGCCAUGUGGACGAGCGCCAUCUUUUGUUUUUAGAAAUAAUUCUGGAGAGCUAAGCCAUGAAGCCUUCUUUGUUCGAUUGCCUUUUCGUUGUUAUGUAUGCAUCAGUUUCUGUUUUGGCAAACGAGGAGUCAAUUAGCAACACUACAGAGAGAUCAGCAAAAGAUAAAUCAUCGGUCAAAGAAGACGCGCAAAUCUCAAUUUGUAUCCUUUUAACACAGCGGUAACUUUUAAUCAGAAUCAAGCCUAAAUAUUAAAGUCACAUUUGCGAGUUUCCUUGACUCAAGCUUUUCAGAUCGUGCGAUUUUUAAGCAAAAACGCGCAGAGCAAACUUUCGCUGCAGAGAGUAUACUAAAACUUAAUGACUACUCCAAACAAUAUAAAAUGGUUGAAAUUGUUCUUGAAAAAUUGUUUACGGUGAGUGGAUGGUCUCCUUUAUUGCAACUGAGGUUGAAUGGACUAUAUCAUUCGCUAACACUUUUAGAGUUAAAUAAGUGUUGGUUUGAGACCUUGUUCGUUGAAAUGCAAUUCCAUUUGAAGGCGUGAGACGAUGCAGUGUUCAAGGGAUUAAGUUAUAAUUUUAUUAGUAAAGUGGCUAUAUUUACCCAUAUUUACACGUUUGAUUCCCGUCAAAAGGGAGAGCACCAAGCGUCUAGGGACGCUUUCACUCUUAACCCUUUAACUCCCAAGAUCUGAUUGAUAAUUCUCUCCUUUAGCUGCUAUACAUUUCCUUGUAAAUUGGUUAAGAGAAUUUGAUGUUCAAUCAAGAUAUCUUGUACUUGAUAAGUUUGAGUAUUCUCACUAGCUGUUUGGUGGAUAAUGUUUGCAUACAAUAGAGAGAAGUCAAUUGUUAAUCACUUUUGGUAGUCAAAGGGUUAAGAUCUCAUUACAUAAUUCUCCUUACUGUCUGCCAUACAAUUCCUAUGAUGAUGGUGCAGAGAAUUUACAACUGAAUCAACUAAUAAUCUCCUGAUUGAUUUUUUUUAUUCUAAUUACUUUUUGCCUGAUAUUGUAGUGAUAUUGUAAGGAGCAAUUCUGUCCUGGUCACUUGUGGGAUUUAAUUAAAAGGGUUCACAUGCAUUGUCCUGUUUAACUUUUCAGACUCAAUAUUAACUUUCAUGUUAUUUUUAAAAUUCUUUUCAUGUUAUUUGUAGAAACUUUCAAUGGAUUAUGUGAUUAUAUCUCUGACUCUUUUAAAUCUAUGGUCAAGAUUUCAAUCUCUUCUGUCAUUACCAUUAUUAAUCAGUAUUCUUGCUUCUUAAAAUACAUUUUAUUUCAGGAACAUGACUUCUGUUAUAUUUUAUUACUGGUGUAAAAUAAUUAAUGGAAUUUACUCCAACUUUUAUAUCAAACAGUAAAAUAUUUCAUCCUCUGCUUCACAGGUAUUACAAGAUGCAAAGGUGAAAGUAACAGCAUCAAGUUACAUACCUGGACAAGCCUUUCCUACAGAAAAAUCAGAGUUAGAAGGUAUUUAAAAUCCUUUGAUGUUCACUUAUUUUAGAUUUCACUGCACUGCCAGAACAAUGAACAAUGUAGCGAUUUCUACUGGUUCUUACACAGAGGUAAAUGGUUGUAACCCUGAUAGAAAGGGCUUUUGAUUAGUAGACAUCUAUAAACACAAAAAUGGGGUUAGAGUCUUAGUGAAAUAGUAGAACUGAAAGAGAACUGAGAGACAAAGCUUUUCCAAAGUGUAUUGCUUUCUCCUUUUCUCUCACUUUUGCUGCUCCACAAAAAUGCAUCUCUUAUUUAUUACUAUUUCCAGCUUUAGCAAAUGUUCUGGAGAAUACUGCCCUGUUUGGAGAUAUUCUUCUGCGACUACCUGAUAUAACAUACAAGGUAAGAUCAUACCAUCAACACAGUGUUGAGGGUAGAAAAAGGUUCAUACGUGACACAUGAUUGAGUUCAAAAUUAUUGUGUUACUCAUGAAUUUCACAGAAAGACAAGGUUAAAUGAGAUUUGAAGUUUUUCCUUUGAAAUUUGUGGUGCGUGAAAUACUGAUUAAAGUACACAAGAUGCAUGAAGUUUUCUAAAAACAGAAUCAGCACACCCCCUUUGCCUCUCUUGCUGUAGAAGUGUGCCUCUGCAGCUCAAAGGAAGGCAUUUUGGGGGUAAUUUAAAUGGCUGAGUACAAGUUCUCAGUAUAUCUUCCCAGAAUUAAUGUCUAUUUAAGAUGUGUUUUUAUUUGUUCAUACUAUUUCACAUACCCAGAGUUGAGGGUGAAAAAAAGAGUGAUCCAAAUAUGCUUUGUUCCAUGAUUCUAUUUCCUUAAGGUGUACACUAAAUCCAAAGAAUGGGAACUUCUGGCCAGAUGGAGUCUAAGCUUUUGCAAUGAAACACAAAUUUAUGAUGAAACAGACUCCAAGUUAUUACAUUUGGUGAGUUAUAUUUUAAAGAUGUGGCAUGUUACGAAGUGGUGCAUCCUGUGCAACAAAAUUCAAAGUCUUAUUCUACCAAGUGAUGAGUUUGUUUCUUGUUUUUGAUGGUAGAUGGCACAAGAGUUAAGACUUGUACCAAGAGAUCCAAACUACAUCAAUCCAUAUAGGCAUGUUGGACACAAAGAGGUAUUGCAAUUUCAUUUUAGGUUCUUUUUUUUAUAUUUGAAUUAGACAAGGCAUGGAAAAAAUGAUGUAACAUGAUGAAUAUAAGAGAUCCUCACAGCUAUGAACACUACUGAACUAGUAGUUGAAAUUAGACCUGAAAAAAAUUCAGGCCUGUGUGGGAUUUGAACCCAUGACCUCUGCAAUACCGGUGCAGUGUUCUACCAACUGAGCUAACAAGCCAACUGCCUGAAUUUUUUUUUUUAGGUCUCAUUUCAACUACUAGUUCAGUAGUGUUCAUAGCUGCGAGGAUCUCUUACAUUUGUUUCUUCACUGCUGUGCACAUGUAUGAUUUUCAUAUAUCUUCAAUCAUUAUUUCAUCACUUGGAUGGGUUAUUUGGAUCCAACAUAAUGACCAGCUCACAGUUGGCUUGUUAGCUCAGUUGGUAGAGUGCUGCACCGGUACCGCAGAGGUCAUGGGUUCAAAUACAGUAUGGGCCUGAAUUUUUUUCAGGUCUUAUUUCAACUACUAGUUCAGUAGUGUUCAUAGCUGCAAAGAUCUCUUAUAUUCGUUUCUUCACCACAGUGCACAUAUAUGGUUGUCAUAUAUCUACAAUCAUGAUGUAACAUGUUUUCAUUAAAUUUCAGGGUUUGAAAGAUGUUCAGAGUAAAGAGAAGUCUUCUAACAAAAAGAAAAAAGAGAAAAAGAAAAGAAGAGGUCCAAGAUUAAGCCAUGCAGAAUUGUAGGACUUAUUGUUAUUACUAUUAUUAUUGAAAUAAAAACUUUUGUCAUUAGUUACUCAGUUGAUUGUUGUGUUAAAAAAAUACUAGUUUGGUGCAUGACUGAUACCAUUGGUUUUGGAAUGGCCUAGGCUUAAUUAAAUUUGUGCUUCUGGUCAAUGGCAGGAACCAUGCUAAUCAAUAACUAAUUUUAUUUAAUUUAUACUAUUACACCAUUGUACUGUGUAAGGGAAACAGCAUUACACUGUAAAACAGCAAAAAUGCAGAUGAAAAAAUACAGACGGAAAGGAGAGUCACCAAAUGGCCGCACCAACAAACGAUCCUAAUUUUAAUUUGUUUUAAUCCUUUCGGCUUCACUUUUUGAAAGACAAACAUUUAAGUGAAACUGAUCUCUUUUGUUCCUCAUGAAGGACACUUACUGGUAAUAAAUGGUUUUGUGAAAGAAUGAAUCCCUUAACUGAUGGAUUAACAUUUAAUACAUACAGAUAUUUUGCUCAUUGCCCAUAUUUUUCAAGUUCUGUCUGCAACUCAUGGGCAUGCUAUAUGUUACACCAUCAAAUAAGGUGUAUGUAACAAGAAAUAAGAACACAAUAAAUCAAAUGUAAUAACUGAAAAGAUAAAUGUGAAUUAAGACACAAAGACAGACAACAGCUUUGGGAGUUUCUGCCAGAGCUUUACAAAAGGUCAGCCCCUUACUUGUUUGAUGUUUGCUAAAAUUGUGUUUUUAGACCAAUUUAAGGGAGUUUAUGAUUAGUAGUGAAGUCAAGUUUUACUCCAGAGAACGCCUUACAUUAUUUUGCUACAUUUAUCAGUGCCACUCUUCUCCG